AUGCCGAAAAGGUCAAAGGCAUCUUCAAGCGAUACAAAUCUUUCAGAUAUCACUUCUGUUUGUAUUUGGUCAAAUGCUAUGGAUGAUGCCUUAAUUGAUGCAUUCUAUCAUGAGCACACACUUGGAAACAGGAUUGGUAGAACUUUUACUGCACAGGCGAUUGACAAUAUAGUGAAAGAGAUGCAAUCAAAAUUUCCAGAUAAAAUUCUUACCAAGGAGAGCGUUCACAACCGAAUGAGAAAUAUUAAAACAAAAUUUAGCAAGUGUUAUGACACCUUUCAAAAUGGGAUGAGCGGGUUUGUAUGGGAUUCCAACACAAAUAUGUGGAAUGCUGAAUCUGAAGUAUGGGAUCAAUUAAUACAGGCUAAGCCUGAAGCUGCUGAAUGGAGAAACAAGCUGAUUAGAAAUUAUGAUAAGCUAAUUGAGCUAUAUGGAAGGAAUAGAGAUACUGGAAAGCAAGCUGAGACUGGAGCAAAUAUGGUAAAAAGGGGUGCUCGUAAUAAUUUGAGAAAAUCAAGUGAUAGUUCAUUGACUAUUGAUGAGGUAGAUGAAGUAAUUUCCAUGAAUGUUGCCUCUUUGGAAAAUAUCGAGGAACAUGGACAACAUGAGCAAGAUCAAUCAACUCAGGAGGCACGUAAAUCGUAUGUAUAUUUAGAGGUACCGACUUCUAGCAGGAAUAAAAAAUCUAAACAAGAUCAUCUUGAAAGUAUGGCUGAUAUGUUAAGGGUGGGAUGA